ACUGAAGGCGCAAUCCACCAUCUUGGUACUCCCAAAACAAGCAUGCUGACCUGUACAGCGAUAAGUUUCGUGGCUGUGAGAAAACAUUCCACAGAUCAGUGGAUUUGAUUGAUUGCUCCGGGAAGGACUUGCAUUUCCCAGAAUGCUCUGCGGAUGUCGCCAAAGGCACUCUCGGCCGGCUCAAGAAAAGUCCCCUCACAAAAGCGGCACCGGCAUCAUUCCGGUCGUCCUCGCGGUGAGUGAACGCGGCGACGGGGGACGAGGAAAGUUCAUUUCGGAGACUAAACAGGACGCGUUGGAAAGAUGAAGAUACAUUUGGAAAAUCGGUUUGGUGAUAUUUUGCCGUGGGGGUAACCAGCGGCCAUGGUUAGGAUUUUUUUUUCCCACCCCAAACGUCUCCCGCCGACUGAGAAAAAAAAACAAAAAAAAAAGUUCAUGCCAAUGGACGCCGCUUAACUUCCGGAGCUCGAAGGCGACGCUUCUGGUUUGAGACGUCGCUGGAGUUCUCGUCGACUCCGUUUUAGAUGUUUUUCAGCUGGAUCUAAAGGACUUGAGUACACUUUCAAGUCUAAUGGUGGCCUAGGCGCACGUGCACCUGACACAGCCAGGAUGAGUCAAGGCCCCGACCUGGUGCUGGGCUGGCUCUCCCGGCUCCACCUGGCCCGGUACGUGGAAGCCUUCCUGGACAACGGCUACGACGACCUGGAGGUGUGCAAGCAGAUCGGCGGGGCCGACUUGGACGCCAUCGGGGUCCGCGUGGAGAACCACCGCCGACGGCUGCUGGCCGCCGUCCGACAGCUGAGGGACUCCGACUGCAGGAAGGCGCCGGGGUACUACUUCACCCUGGAACCGCAGCGGGAGGCGGAGAACCAGUGCGGGACCACCGAGGACCGGCUGGGGGCGGCGGCGGCGGCGGCGGCACCGCGGACCGGGGGAGGGACGCGCCGGCCGUCGUGUCCCGGAAACCACGACAACUUUGUCGCCUAUCCCAAACUCAAGCUCAAGGUUCUCAUACGGGGGAAACUGGCCAAAGACGACAUCGACCUCGGAGAUGCGCCGUACAGCCGCGAGGAUGGCUCGGUGGGGAGCCUUCACGAUCUGGCCCGGGAGUAUUCGCGCUAUUACGUCGCCUCCCUCAGCGACGUGUGCGAAAGGAUGGAAGAGCUGCGGCGCCGUCGACUGGCGCAGGAAGCGAGUGUGAUGGGAACGCCGGACUCAGCGGCCGCAUCGCUGCAAGUGCGCUCUCAGAUUCAGGAAUCUCUGGGAAUGUGCAGCGCCACGUCCACGCCGGAGACCGACAGGAAGUUUCCCACGUACGAGUCCGGCCCUUCGGACGACGGGUCGGGAGCAGGGAAAUGGGACGGCAAGAGGAAGGGCAAAUCUUUCUGGAACAAUUUCAGAAAGACGCCCAAAGGAGUUGCCACGCGCCACCUUGCGAAAGGUGACUUGGUGGGCUUCGUGGCCAGUGAGAUCACCAUGAGCGAUGAAGAGCGAAUCCAACUGAUGAUGAUGGUCAAGGAAAACAUGAUCUCCAUCGAGGAAGCCUUGGCCCGGUUGAAGGAGUUUGAGAUGCAGAAGAAGUCCAAAUCGGAACCGUCCGAGCGCACGGACGUUUUUCCUUCCCCCGACGAGUCUUUGAACGACAGCCUGUGCGAGUUGUCCGAAACGGAACAAGAAGAUUGGCUGACGUUCAGGAGACUUCACAAGCUGGUAAACUCCACGCGCAAGGCCAAGAACAAACUCAUCAGGAUCGACCAGACCAGGACCAGCGCGGAAGAGCACAACGUUUGUCCCGUGGACUCGCUGGCGUCGGCCCAGGACGAGGACACAGUCGCCACGUCCCGCUCCUCCGGCAAUCUGGAGACCGCCGAGGCCCCCGCGGGAUCCCACUGCGACGCCUCCCCGGACGGGGGCGCGGCCAACGCGGGACGGGCGACCAACGCUCCCACUGAUCAUCGGUGCCGCCGGGGCGACGAGGCUACGAUGGCUCGAUCCGUGACGGACGGCGGACUACGACGUCGCCUCCUCAGCCAGCAUGCGAGAGCCUGCAGUUUUGGAGGAUUUGACCUCACCGACCGCUCGGUGCCUGCAGCCCAGCACACUGCCGAAGACGAAGGCGGUGCCAGGUCCCCUCAGAUCUCUCGCAUCUCCCUCAGCAAGAAAGUCAAGUCCGUGAGGGAGACCAUGAGGAAGCACAUCGCCAAGAGAUACCAACCGUCUCCAUCCGAUCAGUCAAGUCCGGAGCGCUUUUCCAGCUGCCCUCAGUCCCCGGAGAAAGCCCCGCUGAAACCCGGAGGGUCCGUGGAGAGCCUCAGGAGUUCCCUCAGCGGACAGAGUUCCAUGAGCGGCCACACGGUGGGCACCACCGACUCGUCCAACAGCAACCGAGAGAGCGUGAAGUCGGAGGACGGCGAGGAGGACGAGCCGCCGUACCGCGGACCCUUCUGCGGACGCGCCCUCGUCCACACGGACUUCACACCCAGCCCCUACGACACGGACUCCCUCAAACUUAAGAGCGGCGACGUGAUCGACGUGAUCAGCAAGCCCCCGAUGGGCACGUGGAUGGGCAUGCUGAGGGGCAAAGUGGGCACCUUCAAAUUCGUCUACGUGGACGUCCUCAACCCGGAGCGGGCCGAGCCCAAGAAGAGCGAGCGCCGGCGCGGGAAGGCCCCGCGGCCCAAACCGCGGUCGGUGGACGAGCUUCUGGAGCGCGUCGACCUCAAGGAGCACCUCCCGGCCUUCCUGUUCAACGGCUACGACGACCUGGACACCUUCCGGCUGCUGGAGGAGGAGGACCUGGACCAGCUCCGCAUCACGGACGCCCGGCACAGAGCCGUGCUGCUCGCCGCCGUCCAGCUGCUGCACGACUACGACGGAGGCAGCGGCGAUCCGGACCCCAGCAGCUUCCCCGAGGAGAACGCCGCCGUGACGGGCCCCCUCGUCCCGGCGGGAGACUCCCCGAGAGACUCCGGCUGCUACGAGGGCAGCGAGCCCCCGGACAACGGCGGCGACCGCACCUUGACCCCGCUAUGAACUUUUGCCCGUUCCUCCUUCACGUGGACUUGUCGUUCGUUCACAGCAGGUCAGCUCACACAUACAAAAAUGGGCGGCCUGGGGGGGGAAUGACGUGAAUGUAAAAAAGAAAAAAAAAAAAAAACAAUGUACAGUUUGGUGGUCAUAUUUUUCAGGCUGUAGUGUAACCUUGCUCACCGUUUUUAUCAUGUGCCUCCAACUGAAAGUAUGACUUGAUCUGAUUUUUUUUUUUUUAGGGACCGUGCGUGCGUGCGUGUGUGUGUGUGUGUGAGGAAUAUAAAAAUAAUAACACACUGAACUGCUUUGCUUCUUUCUUCACUACAAGGCAAGUGAUAUAUGUAAACUUUGUUAUUGCCGUUACCCGUGAAAUUUAAAAUGUAUUAUUUAACAAAAAAAAAACUACAAGGAUAGUCAAGCUUAUGAUUUAUCCUCACAAGGGUCACGGGGAGUGCUGGAGCCUAUCCCAGCUGGCAGGAGGCGGGGCACGUAGAGACAAACAGCCGCACUGGCAAUCACACCUA